AUGGAGCUAGUGGGGGCGGCAGUAUUGACCGGUUUGACGAGCAGCGUGGUGUCGAAGCUGUUCACGGCGGGAGAGAAGAUGUGCCAGGGCAAGGACAAGGAGUCCAAGGAGCUCAAGCUGGGCAUCGAUUACUUGCGGCGAGAGCUUCCCAUGAUUCAUGCUGACCUGACCAAGCUCUCGCUCACGGUCACGGGGCAGCCAAAGCCAGUGGCCAUAUCCAUGGGUGAGUUCCGCGAUGUCGCACUUGACAUCGAGGACUGCCUGGACGAGUUCCUUUCUUGCGCUGCAUGCGGGAAAGACGAGAUCCAGGGCAGCAAGAAGGAGUUUCGUGGUAAGAUCGCGGAACUCCGGACGAGGCUGGAGGGCGCACUCGGGCGGAAAAAGAGUUAUAAUGUCAACAACCAAGCCUCCUGCAACGGCAACGGCACAAACCACCAUGAGGAUACGGGCCCAUAUGGAGCUUGUCCCGCGGUGGGCAUCGACAAACCAAAGCAGGAGCUUUGGGAGCUGUUAGUUGGUGGUGGUGCUGGUGAAGGAAGCAAGCUCAAGGUGAUAUCAAUCGUCGCAUUUGGGGGAUCCGGGAAAACAGCACUUGCAUGGGCAAUGUAUGAUUGCGAUCAAGUCAAGGAGCGAUUCCCUCUCCGUGCCUGGGCUAUGGCGUCCGAGCACAAACACCACGCAUCUCAGGCUCAGGCUCAGGCUCAGCACGCACACGACGCUCAGAUCCUCCUGACGAGCAUCUUCAAGGGGCUUCAAAAAACAGAAUCCGUGCCACAGCAGCUCUCAGAGCUCCAACAAUGCAUCAAGGGUCUUCUUGAGUCUAAGAGGUGCUUAAUUGUAAUUGACGACGUCAAGAUGGAGCUCUGGGACAAAAUAACACCCAUCUUUCCGGAGAAGAAAAAAGAAAGCAGAAUACUGGUGACUACGGCUUUGACCUCCGUAGCUACUGCCUGCAGCUUUCAUGGAGGUUAUAUUUACAGAAUGAGACCUCUUAGUGCGGAACACUCCAAGGAGUAUUUGGAGAAGAAGGUUUUUGACAGUGGAUAUGCUCAUGCCUUUGAGAGGGGUUCAAGAGCAAUCGUGGACAAAUGUGCUGGUCACCCACUUGCUCUUGUCAGUGUUGCCAAAGCUUUGCAAGGUUGCGAGGUGACAUCAAAGAUCUGUGAAGAUAUUAGCAAGGACCUAUGUUCUCACAUGGAGGAGAACAAGAAUGGUAACUUCUCCAAACUGGGGCAAGUUUUUACAAACAAUUACAGCAGUCUGCCUGAUGAUUAUCACAAGAGCUGCUUGUUAUACGCAAGUAUAUUCCCAAAUGAUCGUCCCUUCAGCACCAACACCCUUAUCAGGCGAUUGUCAGCCGAAGGCUACAUAAAUGGUGACCAGCAACUUGCAUAUGGCCACUUGAAUGAACUAAUUGACCGGAACAUCGUUCAGCCUGUUGAUGCAAGCAACAAUUCAAAAGUGAAGACGUGCAAAACUCAUGGAAUCAUGAACCAAUUCAUGCUGCACAAGUCCAGGUCGUCGAAUUUCAUUGCAAAUUUUAGUGAUAAAAACCGAAGUAAUUGCCGUCACCUGGUUAUCCAGAAUUACAGAAAACAUGCCAGCACAAGUGCAGCAACAAGUGGCAGUGGCAAGCAGCUACGUCCCCGUUCUCUGACAAUCUUUGGGGGUGCAAACGAUGAUAUUUGUUCGGAUUUGACCAAUUAUAAGCUGCUGAGAGUGUUGGAUCUAAAAGAUUGCAGUGAUAAUUUGACCGAAGAUCAUCUCAAGUACAUUUAUAAGCUGUCACGUCUCCAAUAUCUGACCCUCGGGAGAUCUAUUAAUAAACUUUCUAGUAAAAUGGGAAAACUACAUUGUUUGGAGACACUGGACUUGAGGAAUGCAGAGAUAGAAACAGUGCCAGAGGAAGUUAUCACUCUACUACCCCACCUAGCACACUUGUUUGGAAAGAUUAAGCUAAAUAAGGUGGGUAGCAACAAUCGUAAGCACUUAAACUUGCAGACUCUAUCAGGAGUUAUCGUAGAUAACAAGUCUGGAUUCCCGGAACUGAUGGUUCAUAUGAAAAACCUGACAAAGGUCAAGAUAUGGUGCGAGACAACUAGCACAGAUAGCAAUUAUACCAUACUCUCAGAUGCCAUUCACAAUUUUGCUCAGGCUGAGAUUGACACUUCUGAAGGCACUCGUUCCCUGUCACUUCAUGUCAAUGAUUCUUCAAAAGGUUUGCUGGACGCAACGUCAAGAAAGCCUUCUUUUCUUGGAUCAUUGAAACUGCAUGGCCGGCCGAGUCAGUUCCCUCAGUUUGUUAAGUCCAUGUGUAGUCUCAGAGAGCUGUGCCUUUCAUAUACUAAUCUGGCAGCGGGUGAUCUUUCAAGGAUUUCUGUGAUGCCGGAGUUGCUUUAUCUCAAACUGGUUGAAGUCCACCUUGCGCGCUUAGAGAUAAACCUUAAGCAAUUCCCUAUACUGGAACGCCUAUGCCUUGUGGUGCAAAACUCCAGCUUCCCCACAAUCCAGCAAGGACCUUUGCCGAGUCCCUUAGUUUCACUUCAGUUGCUCUGCAAGGAUCUAACAAAACUUAUUAGUGAUCCCAUCCAAGUGGACAGUUUCGGACGUCUUCGGGAAAUCGCUCUGGAUUCCAUGGUCAAUAAAGAAACCAUAGAAACCUGGAAGAAGAAAGCUCGCACGCACCCUAAGAGGCCAAGGGUUUUAUUGCUCAAAAGGGUUGAUCCAGUCGACCGUAGGUCUACCGUGAAACAUGUUGCCGCUGAGCAGACAACGCCCUGA